AUGAAGCAAUGGGGGACGAUUGUCCCAAUUGUAGUAUAUUGGUUGUAUGCUGGGUUUUAUCAACUCUUACCUCCUUUGGAUAAGUACCGUUUACAUACUAGAAAAGAGGAGGAAGAGAAGAAUUCCGUACCUCUCGUUUCAGUUGUCAAGGGCGUGUUGUUUCAACAGCUUGUUCAAGCAACCGUUGCUAAAUUGCUCUUUCUGUUAACAUCGACGGCAGAUGCAUCUGGAACCAUGAUCCAGCCUUCUAUUCCUGUUCAAAUUGUACAAUUUAUCGUUGCAAUGCUUGUCAUGGAUACAUGUCGGUACUUUGUUCACCGUUUCAUGCAUCAAAACAAAUUUUUGUACCGUCAUGUCCACUCCCAACAUCAUGGACUGGUUGUUCCCUAUGCAAUUGUGGCCCUUUACAAUCACCCACUUGAGGGUCUCUUGCUCGAUACUUUUGACUGGGCCAUCUCUUUCCUCGUCUCUGGAAUGACAGCGCGCACAGCUGUAAUUUUCUUCUGCUUUGCUGUGAUUAAAACAGUGGAUGAUCACUGUGGGCUAUGGUUGCCUGGCAGUAUAUUCCAUAUAUUUUUCCAGAAUAACUGUGCUUACCACGACAUCCAUCAACUCCAAGGCACAAAGUACAACUACUCUCAGCCGUUCUUUCCCAUAUGAGAUAGGCUACUAGGAACUCAUAUGCCUUGCGUUCUUUCAAAGCGACUGGAAGGGGUUUCGAGGUUAGGCUAAAGAAAGA